GGAGGUUUUAUAUCCUAAGGGCUAUUUACUGUAAGUCACUGUAUUUUUUGAUGCGAGUUCGAGCUCUUCUCGUGCCCUCCCGCAGAGAACUUGGAAUGGAUUCUUCCGUACCCAUGGCAACGUUCCACAACGAACGCUAGCAAAGGAAAGAACGCCCAGAAAGGCCUGGGCAGCCUUACCCCUGGGUGCUCGCGCUUAGGUUAGAGCAGCUCAGAGCCCUCGCGGCUCCUGCAGCGGAGUUAACCCGGCCUGAAGUGUAAAACAAGAGUUUAAGAGAGGCAGCAGCUUUAAAGAAGUUUUAGAAGUUGCCACCAUAAGAAGCAACCAUGCCGAUCGAAGGAGGGAAAACAGACAUGGAGAGGAUUGGCCUCUUUAGUGAGAUGGAAUACAUUACUGUUGGUGAUAAAUAUGUAUCACCGUAUAUUCGAUCGUUUAAUGAGGCCGCAACCAAAAAUAGACAGAUGCUGCCUGGGGGAUCCAAAGUCAUGUCAAGUCUUCAGGCAGGUUACUUUGAGCCUCAGUUUGCAAGGAUUUUUGAAGGUGAAGGCUAUAUAAAUAUGAAUCAAGUGAGGAGACGGUACAUGAUGGAAGAAGCCAAAAAGAAUAUAACCAAAGCCUUCAUCCCCAGUAGCGGAGGGAAGAAGCCGAGUGGACUGGGAAGUUACUAUGGAACAAUAGGCGGGCCAGUCCCUUUCUUCAGUGCGCAGGUAAAACCCAAGGAUAAGUAUGAACCACCUGGAAAAAAUUUAUACACAAACCCAGGAAAGAAAGGAACUGGAUAUGGCUAUGCAAAUAUUACAAUAGGCAAGCAAUUAUCACACUCUGCGGAUUUUUAUGAUGAAGGGAAAGUAAAUUAUAAGAAAUACAUAGAGGAUCACCGUCGUUUGAUGAAAGGGGCUCCAUUCAAGUUAAAUCUUUACCCAAGGGAAUAUUUUGAUGUUAAUCCUUUCUUAUUUGAGAAAACUUUGCCACCCAUUAAAAAAGAAGUGAAAAAAGAAUUACUUUCAGGCGCUUUUAAACCCUCUUCUCCUGGAAAAAAGCCUGGUGGAAUGAAGGCUGGAACAUUUGAACCAUAUCCGACACAUUCUGUUGAGCCAAGUGUGGUUAAAUACAAAAAGGAGAGUCCUGGAAAAAGUGAGAAGAUUUUCCAUCCACCAAAUGGACCAAAAAGCAGACCAGUUGAAAGUAUAGUGGCUUUGAAUGUCAAAAGGACAUUGAAUACAAAUAACUACAAGAAUGCUUCAGUACAGUCCUUUUAACUGGAAGACAAGUAGCUCUUAGAUCCUGACCACCAAUGAUUCCUUAUGAAGAGUUAAUUGUUGGAAAAAAUACAAGAUGUGGAGCAGAUAGUUCAAGUAUUUCAAAGAAAUUUCAACCUGCAACUUUAAUAUUCUU